AUGCCUGAGAAUAGACACAAUAAAUGUUUGGAAAUAGGGUUCAAUAAAGAGCAAUAUGACGGCACCAUGAAAAUGUGGUAUUACGACAUUCAAGGUUUAACAGCGGGUGGUUUCGAUCCACCGACCUCGGGGUUAUGA